GGCAGAAGAAGAAGAGGAGAAACCAACCCUUCACCUAUUGAAGCCACUAAUGCAGAUGCAAGCUGUCUACUCCUCAAUUGUUGGCGCUGUCCACAUUGUGCGCACAUCUCUCGUCACAUACUUUGUGAGCGAUGACAGCUCCAUCGUGGCUGUUGAGUCGGAGCCAGAGAUCAUGCUGGAAAUCUUGCCUGAGGGAGCAGAUGGAGACUCACCUUUGCAGGGACUCCAGGCUGAGCCCAGGCAGUUGAUGAGUGACGAGGACUCCCAGGACCCAUCUGUGGUACGCUGUGUGUCUCGCCACCUUGGUGUUCCUCCUUACCUCCUCGUAGCUUCAGCUCUGGCCCUCGUCCUCUUUACACUGUAUGUGAUCUUUGCCGUCUGCACAACUGCUAGUCCACCAAAGACAAAAACUUUCAAGAAUGGACUAAGUGUCCAGGCUGACCCACUACCUCUGCCCAUCAAACUGGUUCGUCCUGAAGACCUUACCAAGCUCAGUCUUAUGGAGGAGGAGGAGCAACAAGCACCUCCUCUGCCCACCAAGGUCAAGCUACCUGACACCGACAUUUAGCCUCUUUCAUGGCAAGAUCCAUAGCAGCUACCUUUAAGGGGUUUGCACUAUAGUUUUAAGCAUAUCAUUUCUUUGAACUUUUUUUCUUCCUUUGCAUCUUUUAUAAUCUAAGAUACAACUGUCUUCUCACAUUUUGAGGUAUUCAUAACAGAAAGAUUGACCGAGUUUACAUGUGUCUGUGACGUACAUGUACAGAUAUUGAUUAAACAAGUUUCCUGUUCAUAAUUCACUGUUAGAAGUAACUGCAUUUCAGUCAUUCAUGUUUUACCAGCACAUGGGGAUUGAGCUUAUAUCAGGUCUGUGAGCAGUAUAUCUUUUGUUGUUUAAUGGCUUUAAGAUGUUUCAUCCAUAUGUAUAUAGUUGAGCACUGAGGGAAAUAGAAUAAAAAAUCUCCAUAUUGUAAACAUGAAC